GACAGUUACAGGGCUGGAGAGAGGAUAGGAACACGCUCCACACUCAGUGAAAAGUUUCACCCACACACUUUGGAUGAGGGUUCCUGAAGGAGUAACAGAGGACAAAGGAUGUUGUUUAUGGACAGUCCAAGGCCAGCGUCUUAGUACACUCUUAAAGCGAAUGUGUUGAAAACAACACAACUUGCGUUGUUUUUAACACAUCUCUGUGUCCAGAUAGGGACAACACAUGAGAGAGUGUAGUUGCCUUAGUGUGCAUAUUAAGACUGACCGGUCCGUCCGUUCACUGUUCUACACUGUACCAGCGCCUGGCCAUGUCUCAGGGUUAUUACGUCAGCAGGACUGUCGCGGUCAGCGCCGCUGUUGUUGCUGUCGUUGCCGCCAUCACCAUCUUCGCCUUGUCAGUGGCCUACUCUAAACACAAGUGCACUGCAGGAGGAGGAGGAGGAGAUGGGGGAGGAGAUGGGGGGACUCUGGUGGGUCCCACUCCAGCCCCUGAGGCCAGGGAACCCUGGGAUAGGUACCGUCUGCCGGACACUCUGUACCCAGUCCACUACAACGUCACCCUGUGGCCUCGCCUGACAAAGAACGAGCACGGCCUGUACGUCUUCACUGGACACUCUACUGUGGACUUUAAGUGCGAGAAGGAGACAGACCUGAUCCUCAUUCACUCCAGCAAACUCAACUUGACCAAGUCCAACGGGCAUCACGCAACUCUGACUGGACUGGGUAGAGCGAGAGCUCCUUCUAUCAAGACCACAUGGCUCCAGGAGAAGACAGAGUACCUGGUCGUCCAGCUCAGUGGCAAACUAGUCCCAGGACAUUCUUACCAGCUCCACACCAAGUUUCAGGGAGAGCUGGCCGAUGACCUCGAGGGCUUCUACAGGAGUGAAUACACCGAGAAGGGUGUCAAAAAAAUUGUGGCCACUACUCAGAUGCAGGCUACAUACGCCAGGAAAGCGUUCCCGUGCUUCGACGAGCCGGCCAUGAAGGCGGUCUUUCACAUAACCCUGAUCCAUCCUCCCGGAACCAUAGCGCUGGCCAACAGCCGAGAUGCUGAAAUCCUACACACGUCUCUGGAUGAAACAGACGUCCUAGUCACCAGGUUUGAGCCGACCAAACGCAUGUCCACAUACAUCUUGGCCUUCAUCGUCUCCGACUUUGGCUCUAUCCAGAAGGACGAAACAGACUCUACAACCCUGGUUCGUAUCUGGGCCAGGAAAACGGCGCUGGAAUCAGGACAUGGGGACUACGCCCUCAACGUAACCCUUCGCGUGCUGGAGUUCUUCGAGCGGUACUACAACACCAGCUAUCCGCUCACAAAAUCAGACCAGGUGGCUCUCCCGGACUUCAACGCCGGGGCCAUGGAGAACUGGGGGCUGAUCACUUACCGUGAGACGAGCCUCCUGUACGACCCCAAGACCUCCUCCAACGGGAACAAGGAGAGGGUUUUAACAGUCAUCGCGCACGAACUGGCCCAUAUGUGGUUUGGCAACCUGGUGACUCUGAGGUGGUGGAACGACCUGUGGCUGAACGAAGGCUUCGCCUCCUACGUGGAGUAUCUUGGAGCCGACCACGCAGAACCCUCCUGGCAUAUUAAAGACAUGAUCGUGCAGGGUGACGUCCAGAGAGCUUUCGCUGCAGACUCGCUGGUCUCCUCGCACCCUCUGACCCGCAGUGAGAACGAGGUCAGUAAGCCAGAGGAGAUCAGCCAGAUGUUCGACACCAUCUCCUACAGCAAGGGUGCAGCUGUCCUGAGAAUGCUGUCGGAGUUUCUGUCUGAGCCCGUAUUCGUUAAAGGACUCAGUUCCUAUUUGCAUCAGUUUGCUUUUGGCAACACUGUAUAUUCUGACCUUUGGGACCAUUUGCAGGAUGCUGCACAGAGCACAGGGUUACAUGUAAAUCUGCCCUACUCCGUCCAUGACAUUAUGAACCGCUGGAUCCUUCAGAUGGGCUUCCCUCUGGUUACCAUAGAUACCACAACAGGAACCAUUAGCCAGAAGCACUUCCUGUUGGACCCUGAUGCAGUGGUGGACAGACCAUCCAUUUACAAUUACCAAUGGAUUGUGCCAAUCAAGUGGAUGAAGAAUGGCGUACAUCAGGAUCAACACUGGCUGAUUGAAAAGACAGCUGUGUUUGCGCCAAUGAGAGCAAGUGGAAGCCAGUGGAUCUUAGCCAACCUCAAUGUCUCUGGCUACUACAGGGUUAACUACGACCAGCAGAACUGGGAGCGUCUCUUCGCUCAACUGAGUUCUGAUCACCAGGUGAUCCCCAUCAUCAACAGAGCUCAGAUAAUAGACGAUGCUUUCAGUUUGGUCAAAGCGAGGAUCCUAAACACUACCGUGGCUCUGCAGACCACCAAGUACCUGGUACAGGAGAGAGAGUACAUGCCCUGGGAGGCUGCCUCCAGGAGUCUAAACUACUUCUUCCAAAUGUUUGAUCGCACUGAGGUCUACGGACCGAUGCUGACCUAUCUGCGGAGGCUCGUCCAACCUCUCUAUGACCACUUCCAGAGUGACCAACCACUCAGCCACACUAUGGCGUACACAAAAGGAAUUGCGGUUUCUCUGGCCUGCAAAACUGGUGUUCCGGGGUGUAAGCAGCAGGUUCUCGAUCAGUUCCGCCAGUGGAUGAGAGAACCACACAACAACAGGAUUGACCCCAACCUGAAGUGGGUUGUGUACUGUCAUGCCAUCGCUGCGGGUGCCGAGGCGGAGUGGAACUUUGGCUGGGAGAUGCUGCAGAACGUCACCAUGGCCUCUGAGGCGGCACGCCUGCGCAGCGCACUGGGCUGUACUAAACUGCCCUGGCUCCUUAACAGGUACCUUGAAUACUCUCUGGAUCCCAGCAAGAUACGCAAGCAGGAUGCUGCAUCUACCAUUGGCUAUGUUGCCUCCAAUGUGGUGGGUCAGUCUUUCGCAUGGGACUUCUUCAGAUCAAAAUGGGACUAUCUCUUCAAGGAAUUCGGAGGAGGCUCGUUUGUCUUCCCCUCUCUCAUCACUUCGGUAACCAGACGGUUCUCCACAGAGUUUGAACUUCAGCAGUUGCUGGAUUUCCAAAGGGACCAUCCGGACCUGGGCUCUGGGAAGGUAGCGUUGGACCAGGCUAUAGAGAAGACCCGGGCCAACAUCAAAUGGAUGGCCGAGAACAAGAAGGCAGUGCUGGACUGGUUCAACUCUCAAUCUGCAUCAUAGGACAGCAGAACAGUGCGGGUGGUGGUGGGCCUAGCGGUCUUGGAUCUGCACUCCCAAGGGUGUCAUGCCAGACCGCUGUGGGUUGGAUACCAAGGGGCUGGCUGCCACCCUCACUGAACCCCUAGUGGCCUCCAGGGGAACUGUACUUGUAAUUAGUCUGUAAGGCACUCUGGGGAAGAGUAUCAGCCAAAUGCCUAAAGAGUCUUUCACACAAACAACGAUAACUGUAAUGACAACAAUAGCAACGUAAAAGUAUCUCUCUAGCUAAUAUGAACCAACGUCCACACAUAAACUACAACAAUAAUGACAUGAAAAAUUAUAUUGGGAUUGAUAAAAAGCUGACAGCCGAUCAGAAUCCAUCAUAUUUUAGACGUCACAUUCAUCAACAAGGAGAGACUUUCCUUAUCACUCAUAUCGUUAUAGUUAUAGUUAUCUUUGUAGUUAUCGUUCCUGGUGUGAACGGCCCUGAAAUAAAUUAAUUGACUGUGCAGCCGGACCUCAGCCAGAUCUGACCCGGGACUAAGCCAGAUCUGGCCCACGUUAGCUCCAGAGCCUGUGGCUAUUAGCGAUGUGUUUGUUUUCCUCCUCUGUGGGAGACGUGACAUUGCACAAUGGUUUUCGGCCCAGUGUGCACUUCCUCCAUGUGACAACGCAGGCGCGGAGUGUUCCACCCUCUUACUUCCCCCUCAUGCUCUGCUGCCAGGAGGCCCUGGCUGUUGCUGAGGGAUUCAUAACACCAAGUGAUCGUGUUAAAUCAAAGUCUCAAUGCACACCAAGUCUUGAUUAUGUCCCCCAUUCUUAUUUGUAUGACUAUGCUAUUUUGAUAAUGUUUUAUAUAUAAAAAAUGACUUGGAAGCAGUAAACUGAAUCCAUCCAAUGUUCAAUCAUUUCUUGUCUUGAAUGGCAUGAAUGUGUGUACCGGUAUGUUUGUAUGUGUGUGUGUGUGUGUGUGUGUGUGUGUGUGUGAGAGAGAGAGAGAGAGAGAGAUAGAGAGAGCAUACAAUUUAAUUCACUGAACAAAAUUACAGUGUUACACUCUUUGUACUGCAGACACAGAUGACCAGGUUCAUUGAGCAAAUCAAAAUCAUGAUUUAUUUUUUAAUUUUCAAUAAAACAGAUACCUGAGCAUACCUGAUUCAA